AUGGAGCUUGAGGACCGAUGGUGGAAAGGACGGCUAGCUGCAGAUAUAUACCAAUCGCUGCGAUACAAAGAGCUCAAGUUGCCUUCCUAUAAAGGACAGUCUCCACAGCUCAGUCUAAGGCGAUACUUUGCAGACCUCAUAGCCAUCGUCAGCAACCACUUCAAAUUGUGCCCAGCAGCCAGACACCUCGCCGUCUACCUGCUGGACCUUUUUAUGGAGCACUACGACAUCACCGUGCAGCAGCUUCACAUGGUCUCACUCUCCUGCCUACUUUUGGCCAGCAAGUUUGAAGAGAGCGAGGACCGGGUGCCGAAGCUGCAGGCACUGAACAGCCUGAGCUGCAUGAGCUCCAUGAACCUAGUUUUGACCAAGCAGGGCCUGCUAAAAAUGGAGCUCCUCCUGCUGGAGACAUUCCAGUGGAACUUGUGCCUCCCGACAGCAGCUCAUUUCAUAGAGUACUAUCUGUCCAUCGCUGUACACGAGGAAGACCUUCACGAUGGCUGUCCCAUAACCUCCCUCGAAAAAACCAAACUUUACAUGGCCAAGUAUGCUGAUUACUUCUUGGAGGUCUCCUUACAAGAUCACAUGUUCUUGUGUUUUGCUCCUUCGCUGGUUGCUGCUGCAUCAGUAGCGGCCUCUCGCCUCAUCCUACACCUGUCCUCUACAUGGCCUUCCCGCCUGCAGUGCCUCACAGGUUACACAUGGGAGAAUCUUGUCCCCUGUGCUAAGAAACUACUGAUUGCACAUAACAGUGACGUCAAAGAGGCCAAUGAGCAGUCCCUACAGCCCAGACAGCAGCAACAGGGCCAAACUUUGUACCACGAUUCAAGCCAGGUAGUCUCUAUGGCCCAGAUCCUGCACCAGCCGAGCAUUCAUUACCCCCAGCAGGCUCUACAGCCCAUUGUAAUCCCCAGCCACAGGCCUACAGCCUACCUCAACCACUCUGCCGGUCAGCAGGCUCCUAAUGCCCAGCACAGCCACGCUCAGACCAUCACCUCCAACCUGGACCCAAAGGCUAGCAUUCCAAACAGAGCCUACCAAGUCAAUGUGCAGUGCACAUGCACUUCUCCCUACUUUGAAAGGUGA